GUGUUAUUACGUCUGGAUCCUUCCAGACACUUCCACAUUCUCUAUGACCACACAGAAGUGCUCUGGUUUAAUCCUAUUACACAUCAAGCACAAAGGGAGAUAAGAGGUUUAUGCUGGGGUUCCUCACAGACUGAGUCUCUCUCUCCCUUGAGACACCAGCAGACCUUCUCAUUCGGUCAUUUUGACACUGGUGCUGACACUGGUUCUUAUAUCUGCCACAGCAUCUGUUGUGGUGUGUUGAAAAUAAAGACAUAUUGAUAAUAAGAUUGCCUGUGAGGACUGAGGAGACACUGAUGAUGAAUGAAGAUCAGGUGAACGAUAUAAUCCAGAGAUGGAGAGAUACCCCAGAAGAAGAGCUGAAGCCAGAGGACUACCAGCAGUUCAAGAACAUAGGAUCUGCAUGUCUCAAUGGGGGUGACAGUGCACGACUACUGAAAUUUCUUCAGGAUAAGAAAAACCAGGGAAUUGUGAAGUCUAUGGGUUGUGUCCUUGUGGCACCUCUUGUAAAUGAAGUAGUAAAAAAAGAGAGGAGUCUUGAUCACUGCCAGGCUGCCAUCACUCAUCUGACCAGGACUUGUAGGCCAGAAGAUCUUCUGCAUAGUUCGCUUGAACUAAUUGAAGGCAUUCAUCCGGGUGCCAUUUCUGAGACCAUCAUAGCCCUUGUUCCACAUCUUCAAACAGCGCUGCUUCGACUGGAGGACAGGAGAGCAGCUUGUCUGGGUUUGGUUCUGUCUGCUCUGCAGAAGCAGGUUUCCCAGCUGCCUGUGCCUUACACCAAACAGCAAGAGGAGGCUGAUGAGUACGGUCUGUGUCGCUGCUGCAUCGCCUUGGCCAAAUUUACAAAGUCUUUCAUAGUGGAAGUGAAGAGGAAAGAUGGAAACUACACAGCCACUGCUGAAGAUGAGGAGCUAAGGACUGAACUUCUCAAGUUCUGCAUGAGGAGCUUGAGAGAGCCUUUGCUAGAGGCUGAACUAAACCGAAACAGGAAAUCAUCACUUUGGCUCUUUGCAACAGAGAUUAUGGUCAUUCUACCUGCUAUCCAAGAGUCCCUCUCAGAGCUCCUGUUCUUCAACUCUCUGAAGAAAAGCACCCUGAUGGACAACAGUCAGUCGAAGGAAUCAAGAGCAUGUCUGGCUUAUCUGCUGUUUGUCCAGCUCAUCACUAUGGACAGCUUUCCAGCAGUGUUCAGCCCUGUAUUUGUCCUCCAGUGCAACAUGGAAUACAUCAAUCAGCUUCUUAGUAGUAAAAAGGAAUCCCACUUGCUUAAAGGACUGGCACUAUAUUCAACAAGUUUGGAAAGAGUGCAGGACAACAGCCUUCCAGUGAGUCUACUGGAACUGAAGAGCUUUUAUAGUGUACCACAGAACCUGGUGAAAGUACUCACUGACUGCCCAAUGCAACAUCUGAGGGAAUCAGGACUACAGGUUUUCCAGCUCUUUAUCAAUAAAUUAGAUGCUGAGGCAAAGCACAAGUUUUUCAGGUGCAUAUUAAAAACAAGCAACCAUGCAGGAGUAGAAAGUUAUAUAGUAAAGAACAUCAGGAAUCAAGUGGCAUUUUCCAUGAAGCCUGGUAAUGCCAAUAAAUGGUUCCUGGGAGAGGAGUUUGUCUCAUUGUUGGAACUGGUGCUGUGUUUGCCUCAAGGUGCCGAGACAGAUCUGCUCAACAGUAUGGACAGGAUAAUGGAGAGUCUGAAUCUUCUACGCUAUCUCCUUAUCAGAGACAAAGGACUGUGGAGCAGUACUGAUGUGUGGGAGGAGCUGGGCAGGAUCCAAGAUGAAUACCUAAAAAUGCUGCGUGUGUGUAUCAGCAUAUCAAGAGCAUAUUAUUCUGCUGAACUGAAGGCAUUGAGGGAGGAUCAAAAGCUAAAAGCAAAAGAAGCCAGAGAUGCUGCUAGAUCCACCAGAUUAGUCAAAAGCAUAACAGUGAAACACAAGCAAGUGUCCAAUAUGUCCCCAGACGUCCAGAACCAGGUUUUGCAGAGUGCUUUGGUGACAUUUGACCUAAUGGAGAGUCUUAUAGUCCGCAUCGAAGAGAUCACAGAGGAAAAGCUGAAGAUCUCAAACUAAGCAGAGACCGCUUGUGCUCAAGUGACACUUCAGACCAUUUCUUUUC